AACACGCACGUCUUUACAAAGUGCGCAUGCGACGACGCCGACGGCACCAAAUGCUGUUGAACCCCCUGUAGGUACCUAGUAAGUAUCUGCGAUAACUAAGAUACAAUGUUGAGCUAAGACGGAAUCUCUCCCCUGUCCUUGCAAGUGAGGGGUACUGAAGAAAUACAAGACUGUCCACACUGAUUGUGUGCACUUCACACUUGGAUAGCAAUAAUCGAGAAGCUGGUUCUAAUUGUCAUUAUCUUCCUUUUUUACUGUGUUUUCUUAAUUCAGUUCCUCGCUUCCUCGAAAAAAAAAGGCUAUCAUGACGAAUUGUCAGGGCCAAGGUCGCGUUGCAAUCAUCACCGGCGCUACUUCUGGAAUUGGAAUUUACCUAGCGAAAGACCUGUACGUUCAUGGCUGGAAAGUCGCUUGUGUCGGCCGUCGCCGUGAAGCCGGUGAAGCCCUCGUCAAAAGCCUGGGGGAGAAUGCGCGCUUCUUUCAAGCCGACUUAGAAGAUUACGCCAGCCAAGCUCGCAUGUUCAAAGCCGUAUAUGAUACAUGGGGCCACAUCGAUGCGCUCUGCGCGAACGCAGGAAUCGUCGACAAGAGCUCCGUAUAUAUACUCAACUGGAGAGGCAAGGAUGUGAACGAUAUACCCCCCGAGCCAGAUCUUUCGUGUACCGACAUUGAUUACAAAGGAGUUGUCUACGGCACCCAAUUAGCUAUCCACUUCAUGCGACAAAACAAACCGCAGCCAGGAGGGAAGAUUGUGGUCACGGGAAGCAUUGGUGGUAUUUUCCCGCAUAGAUCAUAUCCUGAGUACUGCAGUACGAAAUCCGCUGUGAUUACUUUCAUUAGAGGCGUCGCACCUCUCCUGAAACAAAAGGACAAUAUCUUCAUAAACACUGUCCUUCCUGGUAUCGUUGCCACUCCAAUUGUUCCUCCAGAAAUGAUUGAGGCAGUAACGCCGGAAUGCAUAACACCUGUCGAGACUGUCAUCAGAGGAUACCAUCAAUUCUUAGACGGUGAGACGGGGGUUACUGGGCAGGUCUUGGAGGCUUCUGCAGACAAAUUAGUUGCUUACGAUCUACCGGAAAUGGGCAGUGGUCGUGUAACUAAACGAGCGGUGACAGUCUGGGAACCUCUCUUCAGGACGAUGCACGGCGAAGAUUCGGGACUUCCAGAUGCAAUUCCGUAACUUGUGGGAUACUCUCUUUCGGGUAUCAUUGCAUAUGGAUUAUUUCCAUUUAGACGUCUCGAUCAUUCUUAGGCACAUGUCCUUGACAGAGAAAGGUAGCAUGAAUCUCGGGCCGUUCCGAUCUCCGCACGUCUAUGUCCGUCAACUGCUUAAAAUGCACAGAGUCUUCGUUAUUCUUACAGAAU